UCCGGAUACUGCGUAUUAGUAGACAGCUCAAGAGGGGCGAGGAGUUCCUGACCACACCAGUUUCUGUUGCAUCAACACGACGCCAUGUUCCAUACUCCUCUGCGCGCCCUCAGCAAGCUCUCGGCUGCCCGCUUCGCCUCGACCCUCGUCGUCGCCGAGCACGCCGGCCAGAAGCUCACGGGCGGGACCCUGAGCGCGAUCACGGCCGCGUCUAAGAUUGGCGGCGACAUCACCGUGCUCGUGUCGGGCUCCAACACGGCCGCCGUCGCGCAGGAGGCCGCGGCGGUGCAGGGCGUCAAGGCCGUGCUCCACGCCGACAGCGCGCAGUACGACCACGCGAUUGCCGAGGAGGUCACGAACCUCGUCGCCGCCGUCCAGGCCGCGUCGAGCUUUUCGCACAUCCUUGCGCCGUCGUCGAACAUCUCGAAGAACUUUGUCCCGCGCCUCGGCGCGACGCUUGACGUGGCGCCCUUGACGGAUGUCCUUGCGGUCGUCGACGAGACCACGUUCCAGCGCCCUAUGUACGCUGGUAACGCGAUCGCGACCGUGACGUCGUCGGACGCUGUCAAGCUCAUGACGAUCCGCCCGACGGGCUUUGAGAAGGCUGCUGCCACGGGUGGCUCGGCCUCGGUGUCGGCCGCGCCCACUGCUGCCCCCGCCAACUUGACCAAGUUUGUCUCGGAGGAGACGAGCUCGUCGGACCGCCCCGACUUGGCCUCGGCCCGCGUCGUCGUCAGCGGCGGCCGUGGCAUGAAGAGCGGUGAGAACUUCGAAAUGCUCAACACGCUCGCCGAUAAGCUCAAGGGCGCUGUCGGUGCGUCGCGUGCGGCCGUCGACGCUGGCUUCGUCCCGAACGAGCUCCAGGUCGGCCAGACGGGCAAGGUCGUCGCCCCCGAACUGUACAUCGCCGUCGGUAUCUCGGGUGCCAUCCAGCACUUGGCCGGCAUGAAGGACUCGAAGACAAUCGUCGCCAUCAACAAGGACGCCGAGGCCCCGAUCUUCCAGGUCUCGGACUACGGCGUCGUCGAUGACCUCUUCAAGGUCGUCCCCGAGUUGACGGAGAAGAUCUAAAUGACACGAAGAAAGAUUGUGUGCUUGUCUUGUGUACCA